GAAGAAGAAAACCUCGGACUGUUCUCUGGAUUCAAUCUCAUUAUCUUUCACGUAAAGUCUUUAUUUUCUGUUAACCAUUUUGUAGAAAAUUCCAGUAAAAUUUAAGGAGCUGCAAGAGGUAGAAGAUGGCGAGCAAGUUGUUAGCAUUGGCAUGCAUAGGGAAGGAGAGUUAUGGAGAUUUGUCGCCAAGGCCUCAUUAUCCAUCGAUGCCUAAGUACCCGAAAGGGAUAUCGGCACAAGUGCAGGGGUCAGAGGCCAGGGCAAUCUUUUCUGUCAUCGGAAUGACAUGUUCCGCCUGCGCCGGAUCCGUCGAGAAGGCUGUCAAGAGGCUUCCGGGAAUCAAGGAAGCCGUCGUCGAUGUUUUGAACAACAAGGCACAAGUUCUCUUCUACCCAAGUUUUGUUAAUGAGGAGAGCAUUCGGGAGGCCAUUGAAGAUGUUGGAUUUCAAGCUGCAUUGAUUGAAGAUGAGACAAAUGAGAAAUCCAUUCAAGUAUGCCGAAUACAGAUUAAUGGAAUGACGUGCACGUCUUGCUCCUCCACUGUUGAAAACGUUUUGCAGGCAAUUCCUGGUGUGCAAAAGGUCCGAGUUGCUUUAGCAACUGAAGAAGCAGAAAUUCAUCAUGAUCCAAAAAUUGUGACCUACAAUCAACUUAUGGAAGCAAUAGAGGACACUGGAUUCGGGGCCAUACUUGUUAGCACGGGAGAAGACAUGAGCAAGAUUAAUCUUCGUGUUGACGGUGUAAGGACUGAUAAUUCAAUGAGAAUGCUUGAAAAUUCCAUUCAAGCACUUCCAGGAGUUCAAGUUGUAGAAAUAUCACCUGAGCUCAAAAAGAUUUCAGUCUCAUACAAACCGGAUAUGACAGGACCGAGAAACUUUAUCAGAGUGAUAGAUUCAACCGGGAGUAGCAAGCGUUUCAAGGCAACUAUAUUUCCCGAAAACGAAGGAGGUGGAAGGGAGUCUUAUAGAAAGGAGGAAAUCAAGCAGUACUUCAGAUCCUUCCUGUGGAGCUUGAUUUUCACUACUCCUGUAUUUUUAACUUCCAUGGUGUUCAUGUAUAUCCCAGGAAUUAAGCAUGGUUUGGAUACCAAAGUAGUCAACAUGCUAACUAUAGGUGAGAUUAUAAGGUGGGUGCUAGCAACUCCUGUGCAGUUCAUAAUAGGGCGGCGGUUCUAUACCGGAUCCUACAAAGCAUUGCUCCAUGGCUCUGCCAAUAUGGAUGUUUUAAUUGCAUUGGGGACUAAUGCAGCCUACUUUUAUUCUGUAUACACUGUGAUAAGAGCUGCUACCUCUCCAGAUUUUGAGGGUACCGAUUUCUUCGAGACAAGCGCAAUGCUUAUAUCAUUUAUUUUACUUGGUAAGUAUCUGGAGGUUCUGGCCAAGGGAAAGACAUCUGCGGCCAUUGCGAAGCUUAUGAACCUUGCACCUGAGACGGCAAUAUUGUUGACUUUGGAUGAGGAUGGAAAUGUGAUAGGUGAAGAAGAAAUCGACAGUCGAUUGAUACAAAAGAAUGAUAUUAUCAAAGUUAUACCCGGUGCAAAAGUAGCUUCAGAUGGUUUUGUUUUGUGGGGGCAAAGCCACAUAAAUGAAAGCAUGAUAACAGGAGAGGCACGACCAGUGGCAAAGAGGAAGGGUGAUAUGGUUAUUGGAGGCACCGUCAAUGAGAAUGGAGUACUGCAUAUUAAGACAACAAAGGUUGGUUCAGAAAGUGCACUUGCGCAGAUUGUUCGGCUUGUCGAGUCUGCUCAGAUGGCCAAAGCUCCAGUGCAGAAGUUUGCUGACCGCAUUUCCAAAUAUUUCGUUCCUCUGGUGAUUAUGCUUUCAUUUUCGACAGGGCUUGCAUGGUUUUUAGCAGGAAAGUUUCAUGGCUACCCAGAAUCAUGGAUACCACAUUCUAUGGAUAGCUUUGAGCUCGCACUUCAGUUUGGAAUCUCUGUCAUGGUCAUAGCCUGUCCAUGUGCCCUUGGCCUUGCAACCCCAACUGCUGUUAUGGUUGGUACCGGCGUUGGUGCAUCUCAAGGCAUAUUAAUUAAAGGAGGUCAAGCAUUGGAAGGUGCACAUAAGGUAAAUUGCAUUGUAUUUGACAAGACAGGGACUCUCACAGUUGGAAAGCCAGUGGUUGUUAACACACGACUCUUGAGAAACGUGGUGCUACAUGAAUUCUACGAACUUGUUGCUGCAACUGAGGUAAACAGUGAGCAUCCGUUAGCCAAGGCCAUCAUCGAGUAUGCCAAGAAGUUCCGAGAAGAUGAAGAGAACCCUGCGUGGCCAGAGGCAUGUGACUUCAUCUCUAUUACAGGUCAUGGAGUGAAAGCCAUUGUGAGGAACAGGGAAGUGAUUGUGGGAAACAAGAGCUUGAUGUUGGACUACAACAUUUCUAUUCCAGCUGAUGCUGAAGACAUGCUAACAGAGACGGAAGGGAUGGCACAAACCGGCAUUUUAGUGUCGAUAGACGGGGAAGUGACUGGAGUCCUCGCCAUAUCCGAUCCAGUGAAACCAGGUGCUCAGGAAGUUAUUUCCAUUCUCAAGUCUAUGGAUGUAAGAAGCAUCAUGGUGACUGGUGACAAUAUGGGAACUGCAAGUUCCAUUGCUAGGCAAAUUGGAAUCGAAACUGUCAUUGCAGAAGCCAAACCCGAACAAAAAGCCAAUAAAGUUAAAGAAUUACAGGCGGAAGGUUAUGUUGUGGCAAUGGUAGGGGAUGGCAUCAAUGAUUCACCGGCACUUGUGGCCGCUGAUGUCGGUAUGGCAAUCGGCGCUGGCACAGAUAUUGCUAUAGAGGCAGCUGACAUUGUUCUGAUGAAGAGCAACUUAGAGGAUGUGAUCACUGCCAUACACCUUUCCAGGAAAACCUUUUCUCGUAUCCGCCUCAACUAUAUAUGGGCUUUGGGGUAUAAUAUUCUUGGGAUUCCGAUAGCUGCUGGAGCUCUUUUUCCAUCUACCGGAUUUCGUUUGCCUCCAUGGAUUGCUGGAGCUGCCAUGGCUGCCUCCUCUGUUAGUGUUGUUUGCUGCUCCCUCUUAUUAAAGAAUUACAAGAGACCCAAGAAGCUGGAAAACCUUGAGAUAGGUGGAAUAAAGAUUGAAUAACAUAUGAUAAAAAGCUCUAUAUCCAGUGUUUUAUGUGUGUAGUAUGUAUAUACCAGUCACACACGCACACACACAUAUAGGUUUAGGGGUGUGCAAUUUGUCAAGUAAAUAAUAAAGCUAUUAUGAAUAGAGUGCUGCCAAAUUCUGUACAUAUGUUGGGGUUUUUAUGAUUUUCAAUGUAUGCUUAGUUUAAA